AUGUGCUCCCGGGGGAUUCGCCGGUCAAGAUGGAGCCGCGUUGGGGCAUUGUACCUCGCGGUUUUCUUCCGCUUUUCGCCGAUCCAUGCCCUCCCCGAGGUCAGCCGUUGGCCGCCGGUGGCCGGUGACGUCUCCGAGUUGGAGGAGUUGAAGCUGACGGUAUCUCGUCUCGGUAAUCACUCUCCCCUGAAGGAUUUUAUGAGGAAUUUUCCGUGAAACAUCCGGUCCUUGGUCGCGAAACCUGAUGGUUUUCGAAUGACACUGGGAAACUACUUCAAGGCUCUUACAUAAAGAUAUCGGCGAAUAAACAUGAGAUCAAAUGAAAAUACGAGGAAAAGUGAACAAAACCAGAUUCACGUUUUGCCAGUUGACAAAACGUGAGCAUACUCUGAUAGCAAAAUAUUGCGUCUAGUUAUUUCUACACCAGCGACCAUUGUCACUCUCGUUCUUACUGUAAGGAGAGACAGAUGUCACAUCGACGGCGUAAUUUAUCCGCUCAGAGUCCUAUCCUAGUCUUAGUCCUGUAUGCAUGUUCUCAGUUUCUCUGCGUACCUGCUCGAUAAUAGUGCAGUCUGUAAAAUGCCCCCGGACGAGCAUUAGUCUUAUGCAGUUUAGGAUGAGAAAGUAUCGGAGGGUGUGGUCUUCAGACAAUAGGAUUAUGAGGAGUGCGUUCUCUAUUAUUACAGCACAGGAAGAUCAGUCUAUAGUAGGUUGGAUAAAGAAGAAGAAGCCAAAGUCACAUUUAUUGACAAGAACUCCAAUCAUUGAUCUUUUUUCUGUUCUGCUUGUUAUUAUUCUAAUGAAAUACCAUCAAUUCCAUAUCAAUAAUGAAUGACUUCCUCCUCGAAGCCUGCUAAAGUUAGUUGUCAAAAACACCAGUCUUUCCUUUUUCCUGGUCAUUUCAGUCAUUCGAAGUUUUAGUCUUUGUCCCAUGUUAAUUCCAUGCCUUUCUUUUCACAUUGGCAGAAUUAAUACUUGAAAAGAACAUUGAAGAUUUGAAUUCUAGGUUCCUUUUUCAUCAAGAAAAAGAUAAGACGAUCAAGGAGAUGAGUUCCAAGAUCCAAGAUUUACAGGAUUCUAUUUGUCAUAUCAAGGUAUGUUCAAUUCAAAGCAUGGGGUUUGCAAUUUUUUUGAGCAUGGCUCACAUUCUGUGAAUUUCUUACUUCUCACUUCUUUAUGAGUUACUCAGUGGGUUACCUUGUUUAGGUACAAAUAGAUUUCUGUAGUCUUCUUUUAUUUUUGUGGCUUCAGAUGCCGUUGACGAUAUCAUACUAGAAAUCCGUAAAUCUCGUGGUAAUUGAAUUUAAGUUUAUAUGCAAGUCAUCAGUACUGAUUUUCGUUUACCAAGUUGAAAAUAUUUGAUGAACAUUACUGAAAAAAUAAAUAUCUUGAAUACCUAGAUAACGAUCAUUACUCUAAGUGCAACUGCUUCUUAAUUAUUAAAAUUCUUGCGACUUCCUUGAAUGUUUUUGGACGGCUGCUUUCUAUUCUCAUUUGAGCCUCUUCGUUUUACCUCCUGCAGCAAAAAUUUCCAUAGCGCCCAUUUUUUUUUUUCCUUAGGUCUCCGUCUACAAACAUGUUUCUUUUUCAGAAACCCUUGGAAAAAGUGUGAUUCGUAAAGUCCCCGAGUGCCAAUCAUUCAUCUGAAGAAUUUUUCGUCAUUUAAACCUUUUAAAAUUUUAUUAUCUUGUCAUAUUUUCCGCACUAUACAUUUCCGAUUCUUGUGUGUGUAAUAUAUCUAUAUAUCUUAUAUAAGAUAAUAUGAUAAAAUAUAGAUUUGUAUAGCUUUUGUGCCAGAGAUGUACAUUUGGGGAGUGAAAGUAGUUAUAAAAUAGAAUAAGUGUUUUUGAGAUCAAUGUAGUGUGAAUACAUGAAGAAUAUGCUGAAAAAAAGAGUCUCACUACAGGAGAUGAUAAGAAUGUGGGGUUUGUAUUCCAAGAUCAGUUUGAUAGGAAUGGCGUUCAUUUGUGCAGUCUAUCAAGUGAAAAAGAAGAGGCGGAAGAGAAAAAAAAUUGAGAGUGCUAAAAAUUAAAUUAAAGCAGUGGUUAUUAACUUCAGAAAGCAAGUAUUCUUAUGCAGGUUAUAAGAUCAAUUUAAAUGGGGGCCCUUAAGUCUGAUUCAUAAUUGGAGGUUACAACAAUUGAAAAGUAAAAACAAUCAUAUUGUCCUUUGUGAAAAUUCCUUGGGUUUGUUGAAAAUAUUGUAGCAACCAUUCCCCAAACAAAAGGAGUGAGGAUUCGAGGUUUUUACCUAAACUUUGACGAACGCUAUACUGAAUCACUAUUAAUAUUGUCCAUCUCUCGCUACAUUUCGUUGAACAUGGUCUUCCUUUCCUCUCAUGGGAAAAAAAUCAUCUUAUUCCUGACAAUCAGAAACUGCAAUAUUUAACGUGUAUGUCUAAAUGGAGGAUUGGACAUCAAGCUGACCGCUGAUUGACCAUUUUGUUGUAUCAAUGUGAUUCGGAUUUGUUUGGGGUCAAAAUGGUUAUGACCAAACCGUGGGAAAGGGUUACAUUUAUUACUGAGUGAAGUAAAAAAGUGAUGUAGAACGUUUCACAAAGAUGAUACUGAUCACCAUAGACAUGUUUGUACUCCAAUGUGAAAUAUAAUGAUUGUGACAUCGAGCUUCUUGGUGUUAAUUGCGUUGAAGUGUCAUAGUUUACUGCUCGAAUGGGUAAUUCACUUAUAGGUUUUUGUAGUUGCCAGAGGGGCAGAAGGUUUAUCAUCAAGAUUCUGUCUGGUACUUGUCCACAGCCAUUAGAAUAUUACCUUUUCAAAUGAACUUCUCAUUUGUAUCAUUUUGUUUUAGAAUAUUUUUCUUCACAAUUUAUGAACACCUGUUUCUGAAACGACUCUGUUGGAUACAUGUUGUUACAACGUUAUUAUGAUUUCUGUUUGUUCCCUGCCUCUAAUAUCUUCUAAUCGCUGCCUAUGUAUUUGCUACAUUUGUGUCCACUCCAUUUCGUACUCACUUGUGGUUGCUACCAUGUCAUUGUCACUACAAUGAUAUCUGCAGAAAUCACGAGCUACAUCGUCAUGCUCUGAAGAGAGAGUUAAGAUUUUAGAAGAGGAGGUUUUUUACUCUCCUUAUCUCCUUUUCAUUUUUUUCACCAGUCGCUUGUAUUAUAGGGUUCUCAACAAGGUGAGUUUUCUUUCAAUUGACAACUGUUUCUAAUUUAGUUGUCAAAUAUGAUAAUUCUAGAUUCGAAGUCUUUGGAGUGAAGCGAGAAAAAACAGCUUUGACAUUCAUACUUUAGAAUCCAAGGCAUAUGAUGCUGAAGAAAAACUACAUUCCGUUUCCACGAAAGUCCAUGAGGUGAGUACAUUUUCUUUGCGCUAUUUAUAGAAAUUUAAAUUAUCAAGAUUGCAUCAGUGAAUGGAGCUGAGAUCUCAAUAAUUGGUCAUUCAAGGUACUCCUAAUGAGCGGCAAUCGUGGAAGGAAGGAGGUCUAUCUUUGUGGAAGGGAAGCCUUGACUAAAAAGAGGAUUAGGGGGCGGGGGGGGGGGGGGAAGAGAUUCGAAUGUUCAAAUAGGGAUUAGUUAACAAUAGGGCGAUCAAUGAUUAACCCUUUUGUUUCAGACCGUGGUUGCAAUUUGUACUUGUCAGUGAGACCAGGUUAUCAGUUUGAGUCCACUAAUUUUUUUUUGAAACCCAUUCUGGACUGGUUAGGUUAACUCAGAUGGGGAUCUGGGUGAAAAUCCAACCUAGGAAUUGGGCUUCUCUGUUAAAAGCUUUUAAAUAGGUUAUAUAACAUAACUUGACAGAAAAGCUUGCUUAUUAUAAAAGUAAAAUAACAAAAUAGAGUGAUGUAUUGCAGACAUUGAAACUCCAUCCAUAUCUUGGACACUUCUGUAGGGUUUUACCUAAUAUCCGGAAAAUGAAAAUAUCUUAUACUGGAAAAUAGGCCAAUUUUUUUACAUCCGCCCCUUUUUUUUAUUAAAUAGAGUCAAUGACCAUCAGAUUUCUCAUCCAUGAAGUUCAAGCAUUGAAUAAGUUGAAACCAAUCCUAGAUGUUCACUCGUAUGGGCUAUGCUACUUUCAAUAACAUGGAGUUCACUCCUGAUUGUGGGUCGUUUAUCUUCCAAACUUUGGUUAUUAUUGUCCCUAGUGAUGCUCUAUUAUAAUCGCAGACUCUUGUUUCUUGAACCUGUGUUUUGUUACAAGAGUCUCUCGUUCUGAGUGUAAGUAAUUUCUUCUCAAACACUCGCCUCCCACCAAUUUUUUUUGCAGAUGGAGGAUAUUAUUACCGAGCAGUGGAUUCAGAUCCGACAACUGGAGCAAACACUUCAAAUCAUUAAGGUUUUGUUAUCGUUCUAAAUCAUCUUUCACUAGAGUUUCUUUUUUUGUAAUGGAGAAGCAACAUAAUAAAUUUUGUGAUAUUUUUUUUUCACUUUCUAGGUCAGAACUUCAAUAGCUAAGAGGAAGAUAAAUCCCACGGAAUGCACAUUUUUGAAGGUGGUGUAUUCUGUCAACUAUUUUAUUUCGGUUGCCAGUUUUGUGUCCUUUCCUUCGUUUUUUUCAGCUGAUAUUAAACUGUCCGAUCAAAGAUGAAAAGGUUUCUAGACUGUCGCUAGAUGGAUCAGAUCAGUUGCUAUCUAAUCUACUGGAGAUGCUACUGUCAUCAAAGCAAUUUUUUUCCUCAUUGAAAACUUGAUCGUAUACCAAACUUUAUAGGUGCAGUGUAAAUUGCUGUAAUCAUUCCGUGUUCUAUCUGUUUUUGCAUAAUUUUACGUAUGGACAUGAGUUUCCUUUCCAGGAUUAAAGUGCAUAAUGCUGAAAUACAUAGCGAAAGAUUCAUCUGGCAUGCAUGUCUAGCAUGCCUUUUUUUUCCUUUUAUUAGUUAAAGGUCGAGCGAUAUUUGCUAAACAGAAUACAGUGUGCUCUGUUUUCAAGGACAAAUGCUUUUGAGCAUCACAUUUCAGUAGAAGCAGAUCUAAACUCUAUUGGCUGGACCGGUUAGUAUUGCCAUUACUUCCUGGAAAGAAUGGAGCUUGAUUGAAUAUAAAACCCAUCCCCAUUGAACUGGAUGUGAAACAAUAUGCCACCUGGAGCUAGUAGGCAUUAUAUCUAGUAAAUAUGAAGGAAUGUCAACUCUCGUGGUACAAAAUAUUUUCAAUCCUUUCUUUCAGUCAGUAGUCUUCAGUCACGUCAUCUGCUGAAUGUAAUCGCAUCAGUUCUUUUCUUUGAAGAGAUCAGUCUUUACUAAUGUGAUUUUCGUUCUUCCAGUUCAUCAGUGAUCUUCGUCAGCAUUAUCUUGCCGAAAUAAUUUCCCAGUUGGAGUUGCUUUUUCUCAAGAUAAACUCUACCCUGAGAGGUUAUCCAUCCCAUGCCUUCGACAUGCUUAGAAGACUAAUUUCACAUGUUCAAAGCCGCCAUCGUGAGGUAAACAUAAAUUGCUCUUCUAGUCAUCUCUCGUGUUGCAUGGUGUCAUUUGCCAUCAUGAGGUUAUUCUUAGUUAUUGAGAAAUGGUAUUUGCUUGACAGAAGCAGUACUUGUGUUCUUAGGACUAAGAAUAGGCUCUUCAUCAAUAUGAUGAUGAGUCGAUUAUCUGUUGAUGACCGGUGAAACUUAUACUGAUUUUUUGGUUGGCCAUCUUCCCAGUAAGGAAGAUCAUGGCUGCAACUAUGAAUUUACCGUCUUUCUGUCUCAGCUGCAAGGUUAUGUGCGGCAACUAAUGGGGAAGAACGAAUUUACCACAGCUUUCGCCAACCAAGAGGUCGUAUUUUUCGUGGUAUUGUCUUCUAUCGCUGCCCAUUCUUCUUUGAUUUCUCUCUGCUUUUGUCCCAACUAUGCUUUAAGUAAGUCUCAACAGGCUUCUGCGAUGAUUACCCUCCCAUUCAUGGCUGCUUGGAUUCUCUACUCAUCUCGUUCUGAAUCACUGGAAGAAGGCUAG